GCAGUGAAGGCAGAGAAUGAUAGAGUGAUAAUAGUAGCCAGCUGAAACCUUAAUACUUAGUUGAAGUUGAACAGUGAUUUUUUGGGCACACAACUGAAUCUAUUUGGCUUUGGCAGACGAAUUUAUCGAUGAUGUGGGCAGCGAUUAUCUGCGGAUUGGUAUUCUACAAAUUGAUCAAACGAUUCUUCUACGACGACGACAUUUUGGACGUUGAAGGAUCUGAUCACUCUUCUGCUCUUUUCUCCGUCGCCGAUAGGGUUCAAAAGCUUUACGGAGGAAAUGUUUAUGUUGGUCUUCGAAUUCCAGAUGCUGAUACUAGUUCCAGACAGAGCAUUGACAUCGUUCUUGUCAAAAAAGAGGAGGUAGUUGUGAUAUCCGUGAAGAACUACUCAGGGAUUUUAACAGUUAAUGGGGAUGGUACUUGGGCCUGUGAAAAAACAAGCAGCCAUAAAGUAGAGCGUCACCCUAAUCCUGUGGCAGAAGCAAGAAAGCAAGCUUCUAUCCUUGAAUCAUAUCUUGAGCAAAGAGGAGUAGCUUUACCUGAAGGAUACAUAUCUUGUAAAGUUGUACUUCCUAACCCUAAAUUAUGUACCAUUGCAGCAAGUAGUUUGCCAUCUGAAGUAGUUACCCAUGAUGAAUGGGUACAAAUGAAGCCUGGACCAAAGAAUAUGUUUUCCGGUUGGGUAAAGAAUCCCUUUCGUGCUGGGAAGAAGGAUAUGCAAGAAUCUAUUCAACAGAAUCUAAAUUUUGUCCUUAGCACAGCUCCAAUAUGGGACAGGUUGGAACUGAAGGCCAAUAAGUACGUGUUGGGUGAGUUCCUCGAAUUUAAGGGCAAGCAAGAAGAUCUUCAGGCUUUGAGUCAGAUUAGAAGAUCUAAAGUUGAGCGUAUUACAGUCCAAAAGACAAGCAUGUUUGGACUAGCUCCUUCUAGGCUCCAAGUGUUGUAUGCAUUGCGCGACUAUAGAACUGAAGGGGCAUCAGAAGCAGAGUGGAAAGAAGUGACUGUAAGAUCAAGCACUGAGAUCAUCUUCCAGCUUGAAAAUUCUUCGAAAGUCCGAAAGUUUAAGCUCUCAUCAGUGAUCUCUCUGACUCUUAGCGCAUGACUUCGCCCCGGUCGGAGAAAGGUUGUGCUUUUUGCUGAUGGCAUCCGCCAAUCUCUCUCUUUCUCUUUUUGCUGAAUGGAUGGGAUGGAUACAUGUAUAUUAUACUUUAAACUUUGCAUGGAAUGGAUUUAAUAACUUAAUUAUGGUCACAUGCAUGAUACAAUGCCUUAGAAAAUAUCUGGCGUUCAAACGUUUGUUUCUUAUACAUAAUACGUGUUACUGUGUAUAUUAAUGAAAUCAACAGUUUCAUUUGCUAACUAA